AUGGGUCACCAAGGUUCAAAAGGCACUGCAAAUGCUCAGAUUCUAAUGUUAGGCCUGGAUGGUUCUGGAAAGUCUACCCUACUCUACAAGCUGAAAUACAACGAGGCAGUGGAGACUGUGCCCACAGUGGGUUUUAAUGUGGAGAUGUUGGAGACAAAUGAGAAAUCACACACACUGACAGUUUGGGACGUGGGAGGACAGUCCAAAAUGAGGACCCACUGGAAGCAUUACUACCAGGACACGGCUGGACUUGUGUUUGCGGUAGACAGUCAAGAUGAGAAAAGACUGGAAGAAGCGAGGCGAGAACUUGAGCGGGUUUUGGAGAGUGAUUGCCUCAAAGGAUUGCCAUUGGUUGUGCUGGCCAACAAACAAGAUUUGCCAGGAGCUGCAUGCCCAGAGGAUAUCACAAAGGCCUUGAACCUAAGGGUAUUGUGCGGUGACAGAAACUGGUUUGUCCAACCGUGUUCAGCCAAAACUGGAGUAGGUUUGGAGGACAGCUUCCGAAGGAUGGCCUACUUUCUCAAAGCUACAGUGGUACAGAGAAAACACAGUGGCAAAGGGCUGCUGUCAAGGCCUAAAUACCUUAGGACCUCACUGAAAUCAGUAAAUUAG